AUGGCGGUAGCUUUGUAUCCCAUAUCCGGUACAUUGGUUGGUUGUAUUGGAUGCAUGUAUUUUGUGGAAUCUAUUGCCAAGGAGCAACCGAGUUCGAUGAAUCUGAUUACUUUUUCCACUUUUCUCUUCAUAUCGUUGGAAGGACUGAUUUUUACGUCGAGAUUUUUUACUGUUCCCAAUAAAAUCCCUAUACGUGGUUAUCUGCCAACAGUAAUAACAUUCUUUUUUGUCAAUGUUAUCAAUAACCAGGCUCUGAAUUUUCACGUUCCUGUCCCGUUGCAUAUCAUAUUUCGAUCAGGUUCACUAUUAGCUAGCUUAAUUCUCACAAAGAUUUUGCAAGGAAAACAGUACUCAUUCCGAAAAUACUUAGCAGUUUUAUUGAUCACAACUGGCAUAAUCAUAUGUACUAUGGCUACUGCUCAUUUGGAGAAAACGAACCAGCAAAAGACAGUGGAUGACAUCGAAAAGCACUAUCGGGAAUGGCUAAUCGGCAUAGCGAUGCUUACUACUGCUUUAUUAGCAUCCGCAUAUUUGGGAAUUUGUCAAGAAAGAAUAUAUAAGGCUUACGGAAGACAUACUGAGGAGGCUUUGUUUAUAACUCACAGCGCCUCAUUACCAUUUUUUGCAUUUAUGGGUGAAGAUAUUUAUAAAUCAGCAGUUGCAUUUUCGCGUAGUUAUCCAGUUAAUAUACUUGGCUUUCGUGUCCCGCACAUAUCGAUAUGCAUCAGUUUUGUAUAUCGGUUAAAUGCCACUUUUGAAGCGCUAACGGUAACAAUGGUUGUUACUAUACGGAAGUUCCUUUCUUUACUCAUUUCCAUUCUUUGGUUUCGGAACCUAUUCACGUUAACACAUUGGGUUGGUGCAGCGUUGGUAUUUACUGGUACACUUGCAUUUGCCGAUAUUUGGACUGACCGUACUAGUACAGUGAAGGAAAAAAAGAAAGAACAAUAA